UGUCUGUCCAUGUGUCCAUGCACCUCUUCAUUAAAUCACGCCGUCGGCUUGCCUGGUUGCGUCUUCUCAAUCCGGCAUAAAUUUCUUCUGUUCUUUCUCUGGGGCGCGGGCUGAAUAAAAACCAAUCAGGAAUGCAAAGCCACAGAAAUUGCACAUUGCACAUGGACGCGUGCCUAGCUUGAAAGAGCAGGACACACGAGCGAAAAAAUCCUGCUCGUUCAUUUUUUUUUCUCUUUGGGUCUUAGUUCGCCCAUCUCCAACAUCGCGCGAAUUCCCUGUUGGUCUCUCUCGUUCUUGUAAUCAUCGUUUUUGUAAUCCCUUGUCCUUCCUUUCGCUUUCGCCUUCACUUUUUCUCUAUUGCGCCCCCGCGCAUCUCCCGCGUUGGCCAGAGCACGACGGCAAACACUAGGCGGCUCCCUCGGCUGCUCGAGGCUAGACGCGGCUCUGUCCCUCUCUAGAUGUGAGCCCGAUCGACCCCCAAAAAAAGGUCCACCUCACACGAUGGCGCCUCCCACCGGACCCCUAAACCUCGACGUCGAGGCCAUCUCGGGUAUCUGCGGAUCGAUAUCCAUCGCCUGCUGGGUCGUCGUAUUCUCGCCCCAGAUCGUCGAGAACUUCCGUCGCAGCAGCGCCGACGGCCUGUCGCUGCAGUUCAUCAUCAUCUGGCUCGCCGGCGAUGUCUUCAACAUUCUGGGUGCCGUCCUGCAGGGCGUCCUACCCACCAUGAUCAUCCUGGCCGUCUACUACACCAUAGCAGACAUCGUCCUCCUGGGCCAGUGCUUCUACUACCGUGGCUUCACCUUCCGUGAUGAGGCGGUUCCGUCGGCGCCCAAGCCGCGCAAGUCACUAUCAGCAUCCAAUGGCCACGCUACUAAUGAUCAAAUCGGCGAGCCGAACGAGCGUACGGGUCUUUUGACUCGCGAGCCGGACCGCCGUCGUCCUAGCGCCGGGAAUGCCGGCCUGGCUGAGCACCGUCGCGGGUCUUGGUCCAACAAUUCUCACCACCUCUCGCCCGUCGUGCCGCUGUUGGAUGAGUCCGCCUUCGUCCGCGACACGGCGCUUCCGACCCCGGCAUCCAGAUCACCGGCCCGCGGCUCCACCGCCUCCAAGCUCCAGGCGGCCGGCUUCAACCUGCUCGCCGUCCUCAUGGUUUGCACCGCCGGUGUUGCCGGAUGGUACAUGAGCCGACCGCGCCCGAGUCACCGUGGAGAAGAUGCCCAACCACCAUCUCCCCCCAGCACUGGCGACGACGUCCUGGAAUUCAGCUUUUGGGGCCAGAUCUUCGGCUGGCUGUGCGCCGUCCUCUACCUCGGUUCCCGCGUGCCCCAGAUCCUCCUCAACUGGCGCCGCAAGUCCACCGAGGGCGUGAGCAUGCUCUUCUUCCUCUUUGCCUGCCUCGGCAACCUCACCUACGUCCUCUCCAUCUUCGCCUUCGAGCCGUCCUGUCACGUCCGCGGGUCGGCGGCUUCCGGAUGCGCCCCGGGCGAGGCUGCCCAUGCCUACUGGCAGUACAUCCUCGUCAACCUCUCGUGGCUAGCCGGCAGUCUUGGCACCCUGCUGCUCGACAUGGGCAUCUUUGUCCAAUUCUUCCUGUACAAUAAGGAGGAAGAAGAUGACGACUACGACGACGACUUCCUCGACGACGAAGACACCGCCGUCUCCGACGCCGAUGGGGAGAGCAUCGACGGCGAGCGCUGGGACUCGCGCCCUAUUCUCCAGCGCAGCAUGUCCAAUUACUCGCACUGAACGUUUCCUUAUUUCCUUCUUUUACUUCCCCAUUACCUUUUUUCUGGCCUGUCUUCUCUUCUAUUCGCAUAACUCCCUCUUUGCUCUGACAUCGGAUUUUGCCUUUUAUCGUUGGUUUGGGCGGUUACGGUCCGGAAAAAGAAAACUACUAAAAAGCUAGGUAUCUACCAGUUUGUUUGCGGCAACGCGUCUCCUCGGUUUUUUUUUUUUUUUUUGCACAUUCGGGAUAUCUGGGAUCACAUUUAUUUACAACAAAAAAAAGUAUCUUCUUUGUUAUGUUUUAAUCCUUUCCAUCGAGGAAGAGAGCUCAAGGAGCAUCCACGCACACGAAUAGACAGCGCGCCCCAUGCGGCAGUUUCCACCGUGCUGGGACUGCAAUGCUAUAACUGUUACUUUCUAUAUGCCCAUUGUGCCCACGUGUAAUCCGAAGACGCGUUGCA